AAAACAAAAUGGCUCUCUCCAGAAGACCAUCAUACAGAAAAAUUCUCAGUGACUUGUCUUUGGAUGCCCCAGCAGUCACAAAAAUCGAGGAAGCACCAACUGAAAAGGAGGCUUCUCCGAAUUUUACAACAGCGCCACCUUCUAUCGUUCAGACCAACUCAGGGCAGUACAUCUCUGUUAACCAAGGUGGACCCACCCAGCUCGCCAGUCCUGGGAGAGAUGGCAUGCAGGGUCGGCAGGCUGUGGCUAUGCCGAAUUCAGGAAUGUCACCGCCUGCUGCCACCGUCCUGCAGCACACUGGCCAGUCCGGAGACAUGGCACAUCAGUAUUUCAUGCCAGGAAAAAAAAUGGUUGUUCAAGCCGCCACGGGAGACAUGUCAGCCUACCAGCUCUGCAGCCCCACGUCCAGCCUGCCGCAGGGCGUGAUGAUGGCGGUGUCGCCAGCCUCCCUGCACAGCCCACAGCAGCUGGCCGAGGAGGCCACACGGAAACGGGAGCUCAGACUCCUGAAGAACAGGGAGGCUGCCAGGGAGUGUCGCAGGAAGAAGAAAGAAUACGUCAAGUGUCUCGAAAACCGGGUGGCCGUGCUGGAGAACCAAAACAAGACUCUCAUCCAGGAACUCAAAGCACUGAAAGACCUCUAUUGCCACAAAACGGAAUAGCCAUUGGUCUGGCGUGGGAGCCAAACGGACAGCUAAAGGCGGAUAAGAGUGUGGUUUCAUAGUUCGCCAAUAGCAUUUGGGACAGAAAGAGCUUGUAAUCCUGUGUCAUGUCCCUGCUUGUGGCCUCAGUGUUUUAAACAGAAGCGUUGUGAACCCCGGGUCCACGUGUUGAAGCUCCGUAGCUUCCGUGUGUGUGUGACAGUCAUGCCGCGCCUUGUCUCGCACACUUGUGUCUCCACGUGAAAAAAAACUGCGUAGUCGCCCCGGCUGUUGCGCCCCACGGCCAAUCCGAGCGGCCCUCAGGAGCUAUUACAGUACCCCACCUGCAGUCCCACCUCGCCUCACUAGAGUUCCACAACAAGGCGUUAAGAGAUGAGCUUUGGGGCAUGCACGUGACUCAGAAUCAGAAUAGGUCAGUCCAAUUGGAAUACCGGACAGGCACCCUCUCUGUUUUCCCUAUUGGUCUCUAUAACGUAUCAUUCCACUGAUUGUAAACAUUUUUUAACUUAUGCUAAAAUGAAAAACAACAAAAAUCCCCCACUGUAAAUUAAGACAGUACACUUUGUGAAAUGUCCCCUCUUUAUAUGCUUUGUUUCAGCACCAAAAGGAAUUUUCUUGAUGUUCUUCGCUUGCAGAAUGAUCACAAAUAUGAGAAAACAAUUUGUUAAAUGUUUGUUAAAUGAGUUUACCCCAAAAAGGGCUUCUUAAGUCGACUACAGUGUCCUCACUGCACUGGAUGUUAGAGUUAGCAUGCUAUAUGGGACCCCCAGAAUGUAGAGGAAUCUCAGCAAAACUUUCCAUGGCAUCUUUCUACUUUAUGGUAAACAACCAGCACAUUGCACCUCUGAGAGGAGUUUUCUAUUCAAAAGUAUUAUUUUAACAUGCAUUUAACAUUUAUUUAUUUGGUUGGGUUAAUGAUUAAUAGAAUAGUGGCUCUGCUAAUGCUGUAUGUACUGUAGGUGUUACGUGAAAUCACAGUAUUUCUGUAAGGAAGAACAGAUUGAGCGUUUGCAGCGUGCGUAAAUGUGUUUGCAUUCGGCCACGAGAAAAAAGGGAGUUACGCACAUACGUCUCCAUGAACAUUUGCUUCCGGGGCUUUUAGUAGAUGUGUGAAUUUGUUGUGCGGAAAUUGCUGUGGCCUUGUUGCUUAAAUGAUGGCGGCAUUUUCACAUUUUUACUGACGACCUUGUUUUCCAAGUUUAAGUGCAUUUCAUUAAUUAUACGUUCUUUCCAAAAAAUAAACAAAUAAAAAAAUAAAAAAACACACAAUCUUUUCAGAAAAAUGGUGUAAAAUGCAUCACAUUGUGCCUGUGUAGUCAUGUAAAAUGCUUUGUUCUACUGUUAUGUCACAAUAGUGUUAUUUUGUGGUUUUAUUUUCACAUAUUUGUGAGGAACAUUUCUGACAUUAAUUUGUCUCGGUAGGUGAAUGUCAGAUCUGGGAAAAAAUAUGUAAGCCUCAAAAUCAUAACAAGAGCCCUGACUUAAUUUGAAGCCAUCUUUGAAAUCGGUAGUUGUUUUGCAUGUGUUGCUUUUUGCCAGUAAGCAGAGUUUCACGCUUGUACCGCGCAGAACCGUCUGAAUACGCACAAUCUAAGGUUGCCGCUGUACUUUCCAGUUUUGACUUGCACUCGGACACUCGUUCUGCCGGCUCCGUUUGCCCUCGCGGGCUCUGACCGAAUGAAACCCAAAACACCAUGGUUUGGAUGUGCGAUCGCUUCUUGAGCGAGGCAGCAGAACCAGCGUGUCUUCGGAGGAUGGAACGUUCAUCUCCCGCCCCCGCCACACCCGCCGGCCCCUCGCUGCUGCCCUUCCCUGGCACCUCAUCACACCAAAAUGCUGCCUCGUCAAGUCUAGAACACGGCUUUCUAACAAACCGCUGAAGAUAUAUUUGUACAACUCUCAAAAAAAAAAAAAAAAAGGUAUGCGGUAAGUGUCCCUUAUAUCUUAUAUUUGCGUUUUAACCACUUUCAAUGGUUUGUGCUUUCAAAUGAGCAAAAAAUGUUGAUUAAACAAUAUGUCUCUCAUAA